CCCCCCCCGCCAUCUGACACAUCGCAUGCUCCAGUUCUAAUGAAGCAGAGAGGCAAACUAAAAGAAUAACACUCACACUCACAAAACCAGUUUAUAAAGUGUUUUGCCUGCUACGUUGGAAACAAGAGACUGCUAACAGAGAAGGAAGAGUGGGUGUCUCUUUCAGGGAGCAAACUUGUUAGGAGGUGAGGCUUAUGGCUGGGAAUAUAAAAAAGCCAGCCAAGGCAAGGUGGUUUAGUGGAGCAGGCAGGUUGCAGGUCCCCAGGAUAAAAUUUAGCGCAUUCCAUUUACCAAAAGGCUGGAUGAGCCUAAUGAGCUACGGAGAGGAAGGAAUGAAGCUAGACUGAAGAAUUUUGUAGGAGAUGGGUAAGGAUCUGGACGAUGUGUUGGAAAAAGCCAAGAAGGCCAAUGUUAUGGCCCUUGUAGCAGUUGCUGAACAUUCAGGAGAAUUUGAAAAGAUUAUGCAACUUUCAGAAAGAUACAGCGGGUUCAUUCUGCCAUGCUUGGGUGUUCACCCAGUUCAAGAACUUUCACCAGAAGACCAAAGAAGUGUUACAUUAAAGGAUUUGGAUUUAGCUUUGCCUAUCAUUGAGAAGUAUAAGGAUCAGUUGUUGGCAAUUGGAGAGGUUGGACUAGAUUUCUCUCCCAGAUUUGCUAACACUGAUAAACAGAAGGAAGAGCAAAGACAAGUUCUAAUCACACAGGUCCAAUUAGCCAAAAGACUAAAUUUGCCUCUAAAUGUUCACUCACGCUCAGCUGGAAGACCUACCAUCAGCCUCUUGCAGGAACAAGGUGCUGACAAGGUACUGCUGCAUGCGUUUGAUGGCCGGCCAUCUGUAGCCAUGGAAGGAGUAAGAGCUGGGUACUUCUUCUCAAUUCCACCUUCUAUCAUAAGAAGUGGACAGAAGCAGAAACUUGUGAAACAGUUGCCUUUAACUUCGAUCUGCUUAGAAACAGAUUCACCUGUGCUAGGACCAGAAAAACAGGUACGGAAUGAGCCCUGCAACGUUUCUAUUUCAGCUGAAUAUAUUGCCCAAGUGAAGGGGAUCUCAGUGGAAGAAGUGGUAGAAGUAACAACGCAGAAUGCAUUGAAACUCUUUCCCAAGCUUCAACACCUGCUCCAGAAAUAGCUUCAAAACCAUUCAUUGCAUAAUCAAAUCAUCUUCAGGGGACAACAUUUGAGAAAAAGAAAUGUACAGAUUAARAAUCUGAACUGA